GUCGAGUUGCCGGCAGUCAGUAAGUCGCGCGCGCGCUGCCGCAGCAUCAGUAUUAUAAUGAAUGAGCACAAAGAGCUGUAAGAAAAGAGAAGAUCUGAAAGUGGAUUCAUCCGUUUACAUCUGGAACAAAACGAAUCUUAAUAUUAGCACUUUAUUUCCAGGACUGUUUAGGAAGCAGACAUGGAAUAUCCAGCAGGAAAAACUUCACUGACAUUAAUGUUGUUCAUUUUAACAGUGAUCAGGAUCACCCUUGCUCUCUUGGAUAGAACUGUAGAGGCAAGUUUUCCAUUGCUGUUAAAUCCUCAUCACUCCAGUCCAGCAGAAGCAAGCCGAGUCCUCACCUCCUGUGAUUUUGAAUCUCCUUGUUCCUGGAUCGUGUCCAAUCACAGUGCUCGUGGAGAUUGGUAUAUCACAUCACCUCAGCAACAUUGGAACGGACAACGGGGUGUCCAACCAGUCACAGAUCACUCGACUGGACAAUCUAAAGGUCACUUCCUGGCUCUGAGGCCUGUCUCUUCCCUCUGGGCUUCUGGGAGUUGCACAUUCCACAUUGCAAGUCCUAUAGUGCAAAACAGUGGCCCACAGUGUCAGCUUCGUCUGGCUUACUUCCAGUCAGCACCGAAAACAGGAAACUUGUCUGUCUCCAUAAAACUCACGGAUUCUGCAAUCGGCAGCCCACUGACUUCAGUCAACAGUGAAAAAUCUGGCAAUAGGGCAUCUUGGGAGGUAUUGGAGGCAUCAAUAGGGAAAAGGGAUGAGCCUUUCCAGGUAACAGUGCAGUACACGUCUUGUAGUGGUCACGACUUUGGACUAUUGGCCAUUGAUUCAUUGGAGCUGAAGGACUGUAAUGUGGAAAGCAGACCUUUGAACCAGUUGGCUCCCGAUUGUGUGGAGAACUCAGCCACACGCUGUUAUUUGGGAGGCUGUAUAGAUAAAAGCAAAGUGUGUGAUUUCCACAGUGAUUGCCCUCUAGGCGAGGAUGAAGGAUUCAUUUGUGAUACACUGCCUUUGGGUUCAUACUGUUCAUUUGAGGCAGGUUCCUGUGGCUGGACAGUCUCUGAUAUACAGUUUUCUUGGAACCUGGUCAAUGGAGAACAAUUAUCAAGUUCUCGCCUAUUAGGAACAACGCUUCAAAACACUCAAGGACACUUCCUGUUCCUGAAGGUCAAUGGCAGUGCUAAUAGAAAUGAGGCAUUCAUUUACAGCCCUUAUCUUCCUGUGACUCUGUCUAGGCAAGACUGCCAGUUGCACUUCUCCCUGUAUCUCUAUGGGGAUUUUAACGGCACGGUGCGUCUGUCGGUGGUAGAGAACGGUACUUCAGAGACUCCUUUAGUGUGGGAGAGGGCUGGACAUUGGAAGGACAGCUGGCAAGAUGUCACCCUACAGAUCACUGACUUGCUUAAUGGGUUCCGUCUGAAAGUGCAUGCCCUGUGGGCUGCCAAAUCAGAAGCUGACAUUGCGUUGGAUAAUGUUUCUUUAAGUGCACCGUGUUUUGAAAAAGCGUUGCUUCUUGGCCGUCAAAAUGAUUUGGACUCCAUCAGCCAGUUAGACUUCCCGAGUCCUCUUCUUGAGCCUUCUGCCUCAGAGGUGUCCCAGAUGUCGUGGGUAUUCACCUCAUGCGGAGCCAGCGGACCUAAGGGCCCUACUCAAGCGCAGUGUGAAAGUGCUUAUCGCAACACCAACGUUAGUGUGCUGGUGGGAAAAAAAGGCAAUCUCAGAGGUGUUCAGAUGUGGAAAGUGCCUGCAACCAACAGAUACAAGAUCUCAGCUUAUGGAGCUGCUGGAGGCAACGGGGCAAAAAACCAUAACAAACGUUCACAUGGUGUCAUCAUUUCAGCCAUCUUCCUGCUCGAGAAAGGGGAAAUCCUUUACCUCCUGAUUGGUCAGCAGGGGGAAGAUGCUUGCCCAGGGAGGAACCCUCUGACUCACCAGAUCUGCCUAGGUGAGACUUCUGUGAUCGAAGACAGGUUCAAAGGUGACGGACCUGCUACGGAAUGGGCCGGGGGUGGAGGCGGCGGCGGGGGUGCCACAUUCAUUUUUCACAUGGAGAACGGGGAGCCAGUGCCUCUGCUCAUAGCAGCAGGUGGAGGAGGGAAGGCCUAUCUGGAGAAGCCUGUGAGCAGUUUGGAUCAGAUCCCUCUGGAACAGUAUGAGAACGACACAAUGGCAUCUGGGGUCAAUGGCAGAACUGGAGCAGCAGGAGCGGGAGGUGGCUGGAAAGACUCCACUACUCACAUGUGGGCAGGGAAAUCCCUAUUUGAAGGGGCAGAAGGUGGCUCCUCUUGUCCUCAGGCCUUGUCUAAACUUAGCUGGGCAACUUUCGGUGGGUUUGGAGGAGGAGGAGGAUCCUGUACUUCUGGAGGAGGAGGUGGAGGAUACAGAGGUGGUGACGUGUCCCGCACUGAUGACCUCACAGCAGAUGGACAGGAUGGCAUUUCUUUUGUCCACCCCUCAGGAGAGCUAUUUCUACAGCCUCUGGCAGUCAUGGAGAGUCAUGGUGAAGUUGCAAUUGAAGUGCAUCUUCAGAGCUGCAAACGUGAUGAAGAUAGCAGUUUCAUCAUCUGCCUGUGUCAUAAUGACGAGAUUCUUGCUCCCGACAAUGUCAGCUGUAUAGCAGAUUUAAAGGAUUCCAAGGUCGCCGGACACCCGUCCUUGUCUCUGAUAGUAGCAGUGGUGGCGUCGGCUGUGGUGACCGGUGUUGUAUUGACCUGUGCUUGCCUCACUCUCAUAUACUACCGCAAGAAGAACCACCUCCAUGCGGUCCGGGUAUGUUUGCAGAGUCCUGAACACCAACUGAGCAAGAUUCGCUCCUCUAUCAUCAUGACUGACUACAACCCUAACUAUUGCUUUGCUGGAAAAGCUGCAUCACUGUGUGAGCUGAAGGAAGUUCCACGCAAGAACAUCUCCCUCCUCAGGGCUUUAGGGCACGGUGCUUUUGGGGAAGUGUAUGAAGGUCAGGUUUUGGGAAUGAACGGAGAAAACACUGCCAUGCAGGUUGCUAUAAAGACUCUUCCAGAAAUCUGUUCUGAGCAAGAUGAGAUGGAUUUCCUCAUGGAAGCACUAAUUAUGAGUAAGUUCAACCAUCAGAACAUAGUGCGUUGUAUUGGAGUCAGCCUUCAGAUCCUGCCCAGAUUUAUUCUUUUGGAGCUCAUGACUGGAGGAGACAUGAAGAGCUUUCUCAGACAGAACCGCCCCAGAGCUAAUCAGCAAUCUUCCCUGACGAUGCUGGAGCUGCUACACAUGGCCAGAGACAUUGCAUUUGGCUGCCGAUAUCUGGAGGAGAACCACUUCAUUCAUAGAGACAUCGCUGCACGUAACUGCCUGUUGACUUGUCCUGGUCCAGAGAGAGUAGCCAAAAUUGGAGAUUUCGGGAUGGCUCGUGACAUAUACAGGGCCAGUUACUACAGGAAGGGUGGUCGUGCCAUGCUGCCUGUGAAAUGGAUGCCACCUGAAGCCUUCUUAGAGGGCAUUUUUACUUGCAAGACUGAUACAUGGUCAUUUGGUGUACUGCUGUGGGAGUUAUUCUCCCUGGGCUACAUGCCAUACCCCUGUAGGACCAAUCAAGAGGUGCUGGAGUUUGUGACAAGUGGAGGACGCAUGGAUCCACCUAAGAGUUGCCCAGGACCAGUUUACCGGAUUAUGACACAGUGUUGGCAACACUGCCCAGAACAUCGACCAAACUUUUCAGCUAUUUUAGAGAGGAUCAACUAUUGUACUCAGGACCCAGAUGUUAUAAAUACGCCCCUGCCAGUGGAGUAUGGGCCAAAUGUGGAUGAAGAGAGCAGCACUGUGAUUCGUCCUGUAGCAUCUGGCAGCAUGACUCCUCUUCUAGUGAGCCGAACAGUGGAUGCGCCUGUGCAGCCUGCAAUCUUUACUCCACUCCCUCAUGUCCAGAAAACAAGAUUGUUGUUACAGCGGCCACCCCAAAUGCCUCAGGAGGUGACCAUACUUGAAACUUUGGAACCUAUUUGGGCUGAGCCACCUUCUGCUUCCGGAGCCAGCUCGAGCUCCUGGUUGCAGGUCCCAGAGCACCAACCAUGUUCCAGAUCUAGGUCCUCCUCAGGAAGCCAAAAACUAAAGAACAACACCAAGAAUCUUUGGAACCCCACUUAUGGUUCGUGGAUUCUGGAGAGCUUUGGAAGGACAGCCCUUUCCCACACCCAAUCCGUGCCUUUGUCCAGUACCUCCACUGCUCCUUCUCAUUUUACCUCAACCUCAGAAUAUACUGACUCUGGAACCGAAGCUAAUGUGUCACCAUGUUCAAAUUCAUCACCAGCUCCCUCUCAGAUGAGUUCGAGUCCUCCUGGAUCUUUGAGUCUUGCUUUACGAAAAGGUCCAGCUGGGGCUGUAGGGGGUUCACUUGGUGCUGUCAUGGACUUGGCUAAGCUCCAGAGCUUCCCUUGUGGCAAUGUAAAUUAUGCUUAUGAUGAGCAGAGCUAUGAAGCUGAGAGUCUACCCCUAGUAGUUGCCAGAUCUCCAAAACCCAGGAGUAGUGCUGCAGCUAGCGCCUCUCUAACAGCACUGGGCCCUGCUUUCUCUGUUACCCACAAACCACUGGUCAAGCGCCACGCCAGCUACGGACAUGAAGACAUCAGGAGGCAUACCAAGGCUGAGAAACCCACACGAGACAGAGACUCGGGCUUUUCGUUAUCAGAAGAUCUUAGCGUUACUCCUGUGUAGCACUUACAGAUGCUGGACUAAACCUAGAUACAUUAUAAUAACGGAAAAACAUCGUAGCUCACUUCAUUCAGGUUGCAGUGCCUAGAACUAAAAAAAAUUGGGAGGGCAGCGACACUCUUGUGGGGCCAAAAUAAUAGAAAACCUGAUGAAGGCCAUUCCAUUUUUUUUUUUUUAUGUGAACUAUACUGUAUGAAUGGGUAAUUCAACACAAGCACUUUGUGCAUAUAUUACAGAAUAGUUAUAACAUUACUGGAGGGCAUUACAUCUCUGAUAAGUGACAUCAUUAAUCAACCCACUACUCACAAAUUAUAUAGAAUAUAAAAUAUGUGUUCAGCAAGUCUUACAGGCACUACAAAUCUAUGUCUGAAUGCCAUCAUAGAGUAAGUUUUUCAGAACAUCUUGAAUGUUGUAUCCGUAGGUAAUUCUGAGUUGUUGUUUUUUUAAGUGAUCUAAUUGAGAUUUUGGUCGUUUUAGUUGAAAUUUAAAACAGUAACCUGAACUUGAAAAAUAUAAGGAACAUUAGCUAUGUUUUUUAUUUAGUUUUUAUUAUAUUCUGUAGUAGAUUCUGCUUUGGUUUCCAGUUUCAAUUCACUAGGCUGCCCUUCUGUCCUCUGUCUACUAAGAGGGAUUUGGUAUCAUUCACAUGUUCAACAUCUUUAUGGAAAGAUGCUGAUGUGUACAGCAUGCAGAAGAAUUUAGGACUACACAGCUUAGGCAAGUAGUCUGAGUGCUAAUACUGGUAUUAAUUCUGGUGUUAAAACUGGUAGUAAUAAUAAUGGUGUUCACACUGGUGUUCAUUUUUGUGUUAAUUCUGGUGUUUGCACUGGUUUUAAAUCUAGUGUUAAUAUUAGGUUUAAUUCUGGUGCUAAUACUGGUGUUCAUACUGGUUUUAAUUGUGGUGUUGAUUCUGGUGUCAAUACUGGUGUUAAUACCGGUGUUAAUAGUGUUCAUACUUAAUUUAAAUCUAGGGUUAAUAUUGGUUUCAAUUCUGUUGUUAAUACUGGCAUUUAUACUGGGUUAAUUAUGCUGUCAAUACUGGUGUUCAUAAUACUGGUUUUAAUUCUGGUGUUAAUACUCGUUUAUCGUUUGCUGUUAAUACGGGUUUUUAUACUGGUUUUCGUUAUGGCGUAACUUCUGGUGUUAAUCCUGGUGUUAAUACAGGCACCACACCACCAUUAGCCACUUUCUGUCACUGAUGUUUCAGUUAUAGUGCAUUUAACACACAGUUGAGAGCGCUAAAAUAGUUUCUUCCAGAUGGGAUGCCAUUUGAAUUGGACUGUAAAAAAAUUUGCAAUGUGGAGAUACAAGGUCGACAUUCCCUCUGACUCGCCUCUGCUGUGUGAUAAUUUCGGUGUUUGUUUGUUUGUUUUUUUGUUUUUUUGUUAUUUUUCAGUUUUUUUGUGCAAUUGUCUAUAACUGAAAAUAUGAAAUGUGUUUCCUAGUAGUAAGAACUGCAUACUACUGAAGAAGAGAAGUGAGGUUACAGUUGUAGAGAUAAAAGACGAAUGAGCAAAACGUUAGCAAAUGUUCAUCAUGCAGGUAGCAUUUUGUAAGUAACUUUUAGAAACCUGACCGUCCCUCAUCUUUUACUCCUUUGUGUUCUCAAACAUUUACACUAGAUUUAAAACUGUGAAUGAUAUGUUAUUGAAUAUAUGUUGAAGAACCAGCAGUAGAUUUAGAAUCAUGUCUAAACCAGGAUCUCUUAAUGGACUCUGGAGGAAAUUCAUUUUUACUAUAACAGGAAGAGCCAAAUGCCAGAUAAUGAGAUUCUCAAGCAAUAGUAGUUUAAAUACACCAAUCAAAUAUUUCACUUUUUGGUUAGGGAAACAGCAAAACUGCUAGGUGUAAAAAGAAAAAUGCAAAAAUGUCAAGAAAGCUAAACAUUUUUUUUCCAGUCCUAUAAAGAAAGUGUAAAAACUCUGAAUGAAUGAAGUAUAAACAGAACCAGUGGAUUCAUACUGAGCUGAACUUUAAAAGGAAAAAUCCUUUAACAGAAUCAACUGUGUCCCCAAGAAUUUUGAUUGGAUGCCAUGUUUGAGUCUUUUGUUUUGUCUGGAUUUGUCAGUAGCUGACAGUUUCUUAAACAAAGUGUUGGUGUUUCACUGUAUGUUGUGUAAGCAAACACAUGGGGAUGUGCUCCAGGACAAAGUGACACAUCAGUGAUAUAUUCCUAAAUCUAAUGCAUUCUGAUGAAUAUUAUAUGUUAAUGCUAAUAUUUUAUUUUGUUGGUUAAGAAUUCCAGUUAAGUUAAAAGCUAAGUGUGGGUUAACCACUUUCUGUUGGUUUAUUGCAUUUUAUAUUAUUGCAUUUAUGAAUUUUAUUUUCUUGUAAACACAACCUCAGCUUCUCAAUUGAACUGUACUUGACCUGUUAAAUUUAGAGUUUUUCAUAAUUUGUCGUUCAUUUUCUGUUAGUUUUUUCACUGAUGAUACAACUACUUUGGAGUUUCUACACUGAACAAGCUACUUUUACCCAGAAAAAAAGAAGUGUUUGUGUGUGUGUG